AAAGAAGGGAAAAAGAAAACACUAUUUGAUUUGAUCUCUGAAACGAAAGGUUGAAGGCGAGAGAAGCGAGGAAGAAAAGCGAGAGACCUGCGGAGUUUGGACUCUUUGGUUUACUUGUUAAAAGGUAGCUUUGAGCGUUACGGAGUAGCCUGCCGUUCGCAGCGAUCGCGCCGGACGGCGAUCGGAAUCAGAGUAUUUUUAUUUCUUUGUUUUCGGUGUGUAAGCGAAGAUGGUGAACUCUAUGGUGGAGAGAGCUACGAGUGACUUGCUGAUCGGACCUGAUUGGGCUCGGAAUAUCGAGAUCUGCGACAUGCUUAAUCACGACCCUGGGCAAGCAAAAGAUGUCGUGAAAGGAAUAAAAAAGAAGCUUGGAAGUAAAAAUCCUAAAGUUCAACUCCUUGCACUAACUCUGCUAGAAACUAUCAUUAAAAACUGCGGGGAUAUUGUCCAUAUGCAUGUUGCAGAGAAAGGUGUUCUUCAUGAGAUGGUUAGAAUAGUCAAGAAAAAGCCCGAUUUUAAUGUUAAAGAGAAGAUAUUGACUCUGAUCGACACUUGGCAAGAAGCUUUUGGAGCUGCAAGGGCAAGAUAUCCACAAUAUUAUGUUGCAUAUCAGGAGUUGUUGCGUCUUGGGGCAGUAUUCCCACCAAGAUCUGAGAGGUCUGCACCCGUACUUACUCCUCCUCAAACACAACCUUUGUCUUCUUAUCCUCCAAACAUUCUCAAUUCUGAUCAGCAAGACACAGCUGGGUCAUCAGCAGAGUCAGAGUUUCCAUCCCUGAGUAUGACAGAAAUUCAGAAUGCACGAGGUAUUAUGGAUGUCCUUGCAGAAAUGCUAAAUGCAAUAGAUCCAGGAAACAAGGAGGGACUUAGGCAGGAGGUGAUUGUUGACUUGGUGCAGCAAUGCCGUAAUUACAAACAAAGAGUUGUACAUCUUGUUAAUUCAACAUCGGAUGAGUCGCUUCUAUGUCAAGGUUUAGCAUUGAAUGAUGAUUUGCAGCGCUUACUAGCAAGGCAUGAGGCAAUAGCUUCAGGAACACCUUCUCAAGCAAACAAUCCUAAGCCUGAACCUGCAAGAGAACUUGUGAAAGUCGACAGUCCACUAAUUGAUACUGGAGACAGUGGCAAGCCGUCCGAGGGGAGAUCCGCUUCAAGCACUGUCGAAAGUUCACCAUUCAAUCAGUUAUCGCUUCCUGCUCCACCUGCAACUAAUGGUUCAACUCCACCGGCUGCCAAUCCCAAAAUGGACUUGCUUAGUGGCGAUGACUUCAAUUCACCAAAGGCAGAUAAUUCACUCGCCCUUGUUUCUUUGGGAGAACCACAACCACAACAUGCAACUCCUGCAUCGCAGCAAAAUGCCCUCGUUCUCUUUGACAUGUUCUCCGAUGUUAGCAACACAUCUAAUUCUGUCAACAUCCAGUCUUCUGGUUUGGCCGGACAAACCAACUCUUUGACUCCUCAAAUUCAGCAGCAGCAGCAGCAGAAUUUUCAUGCGAACGGAACUGCACCAAACAUGGUAUCACCUCAAUAUGAGCAGCCAUAUGCUCAAGGCACAGUUCCCGCCUGGAAUGGUCAGCUGGUUCAGCAGCAGCCCCCGUCACCUGUCAAUGUUGCCCCGGGUAGUGAUUCACUUCCGCCGCCACCCUGGGAAGCACAGGUAGCAGACUCUAGCCCACUUGCAGGUGCUCAGCAUAUGGGAAGUGAUCAGAUGGCGAGUAUGUACAUGCAGCCAACCACAGCCGAUCAUUUACCGACGAUUAAUAAUCAUGUGGCUCCAGUAAAUCAGUUUGCUGGUUAUCACCCACAGCCUAUCCAGAGAGCACCACAGUAUAUGGGCAUGCUUCCGCAGCAAAUGCCAGCGGGCCAGAUGGGUUCAAUGUAUCCCGGUUCCAUGUAUCCUCAGCAAAUGCCAGCGGGCCAGAUGGGUUCAAUGUACCCUCAGCAAAUGGCAGCAGGCCAGAUGGGUUCAAUGUACCCUCAGCAGCAGAUGUACGGCAACCAAAUGGGAGCAUACGGGUACGGUCAGCAACCAUAUCUCGACCAGCAAAUGUACGGGCUAUCCAUCAGAGAUGACAACGCCCUGAGAAACUCUUCCUACCAGCUUCCCACUUCAUCUUACACCCCACCGAGUAAGCCUUCGAAACCCGAGGACAAGCUGUUCGGAGACCUCGUUAACAUGGCGAAAACUAAACCAACAAAACCCACUCCUGGAAGAGCUGGUAGCCUGUAAACCAGGGUUUAGUUUCUCCUUUUUCUUUUCUUUUAUUUAUCAUUAUUUUUUUGAUGGUGGC